CUUAAAAAGUUGCCGAAAUCAUAAAAAUGCAUCUCAGUUCACUAUUAAGCACAACCUAUCUGUUUUUGAUGAGUGUCGACGACAAUGCGAAUGCGUUAAUGGGAAAAUGAUCAAUUGCAAACGAGUUCGGAAAGAAUUUUCUUCAAUGAACUUGAAUGACAGAAGGCGGUACAUACGCUCAUUAAAAGAACUCUCAACUAAUCCUAAAUACAAAGAUCUCUUUGACAGUUAUUCUAAUCUUCAUGAAGUUAACUUCUUUCGAGGUCUUCACGAAAGUAACCAGUUUCUUCCCUGGCAUAGAAAGUAUCUUUUGGGUUAUGAAAACCUACUCCGAUUAAUUGAUUGCAGCCUUACGGUACCGGUUUGGAAUUGGGCUUACUUUUCAGAAAUAGCAUGGAACCAAGCUUCUGAUUAUCACAUGUGGGAUGAAGAUGGAGGGUUCGGUGGAAAUGGUAACGCUAAAAAAGGAUUUUGUGUCGACAACGGCGAAUUUCAAGUUGGAAAAUGGCAACCGUUGAGAUAUUCUUCAGACAUUUCUAUUAGAACGUGUAGAAUUAAUGAAAUAAUUGAUGAGAAAUGCUUAAAUACUACAGAAAUAUCCGCUUUCAAAUCAUGUUUACGCCGGAGAUUUCAUGGCAAACUUCCAGAAUAUAAUAUAGUAUUGAAAAUUAUAGAUAGUGUUGAAGAUUUAUUGUCAUUUGAAUUAGUGACGAGGUCAUACUGGCACAGCCUUCUCCAUAAUAUAAUUGGAGGUUAUAUGGAAACAACAUAUGCUUCAUUUGCUCCAGAGUUUUGGUCUCAUCAUGCGAUGUUAGACGCUGCUUGGUAUUUUUGGCAACAAAAAGACAAACAACGUAUUUCACAAAAGUUUCCUGGCACUAAUAAUACUCUUUUAGCAUUUCAACCUCCUGAACUUCGUAAUAAUUACAUUAAUUCUAAAUCAUUAGGUGGAUGUGGAAUACAAGUAGCAUACGAACAAAAAUCUAUUCUCCCUAUAAAAUUACGAAUUUCAAAUAAAUGAUUUUAUUUGAAAUGAUAUUACUGCAACAGUAACUCUCAAUCAUUGAUUAUAUAUAAUUAUUGCUUAUUUUAUAUUUUAUGUUUAAAUACCAGUGCUGGAUUAACCAAUAGGCCAGACUUGACUAUUAUCAGAGGCCUCAAAUGAUAAAAAAUCCUCAAAAACUAAAUGUUCCAAAUUCUAUAAUCUUAUUUUUUAAUCUAAUUGGUAUUUAGACAACUUAAAUUGUUAAUUACCCAAUAAUGCAAAAAAUAUUAUUAUUUUUUUAU